AUGACUGCUGCAUCGUAUAAAUUUGAUGAUGGGCAGAGCUAUCCCACCAAAUGUUUCCCGGCCCGAACAUUACUCAGUCGAAGGAAAGACGGUGGUGGUCAUUGGCUUGUGGCUUACAGAAAGGCACAGGAGCAGAAGUACAGUAAUGUGCACAGAAGAAUAAAAGAGUCUCAUAAAAAACUAGAGAACAGUGGGGUGGCUGAUGGUAAUACAUUAGAUGGGCCCUUCCUGCUCCAGUUACAUUGUGUUGAUAAACCAUCUGAACUGUGCUCUGUUGACGUCAGUGACCAUAAACUGAAUUCUGUCAAGCCAGAAGACCUCAAGUUGUUUGAUAAUGUAGUUUACAUCGAUGCUUCUGUUAACUCCCUCUCUUUAGGGUCUUUCAGCAGUUUUGUGUCUUUAAGAGAACUCAGUCUGUCUCUAAAUGGGAUUUGCAACAUGACGUUUCAUGCAUCUGACUUCCCUUGUCUUGAGGUUUUGGAUUUGUCCUACAACAGUUUGUCAGCUGAUGAUAUUGUUUCCAUCAGUCGACUUCCACGUCUAAAGGUCCUUCAUCUGACUGGAAAUCAGCUUCGUCAUCUUCCUCCUAAUCUGGGUUCCUCCAGCUGUGACCACACUCAGCUGCCGGCUAAAGAAGAGGACACACACUUUAGAGCUCUUGAAAUCCUGAUGCUGGAUGAUAACAAACUGUCCUCUGGAGUCUUCAGCAGUCUCACAAAUCUGAAGAGGCUUAAGUAUUUAAACCUACAGAGCAACCACAUUUCGGAAGUACCAUAUUUACAAACUAAGGGCUGUUCAAAACCUGUUCAGACUUCUGCUGAAAGGCCAACUGAGGAAGAGGGAGCUGCCCACACUGAGCCAGAUCCUGAGAAUGAUGAAGAUUUCAAGAGAAUCUCACAGGAGUACUGCAAAGGAUCAAGUUUGCCUCUACCAGAGCUUCAGUAUCUCAAUCUAUCUGACAACAAGAUUGCCGAGGAAGACGCACUGAUGGCUGUCAUUCUUUUCCCAAUGCUUCGCGAAAUUGACAUUCACUCCAACCCUCUGACCACAAAGAGAAGUGGGGACCCUCCCUUACUGACCUAUUACCUCCAAGAGAGACUGGGGAUAACAAUAAAGCGUAAACAGAUACGAGAAGUUGUGAAGCCCUCACUGAAGGUGUCCACUAAUCCAAAAUGGCAGGUGGAAGAAAGGAUCUCAAAGGUGCCAAAGAAGCCAAUGCUGAUGGAUGAAUCAUGUCCUGCACAAACUCAGGAGGGCAAGGACCGCAGGGACCUCACUUUCCAAGAAAAUACAGAGCACUUCUUUGUUACUGAGGCAGCAGACAUUUCUGAAAAUGAGUUUGAUCUUCGAGCUGAUGAGAAAGAAACAGCAGGGAAUGAUGACAGAUACGAGGAUGAUACGAUUCCUGAAAAAUUCAACUGCUACAAGAUGUUGAUGGAUGCAAAACCAUAUCCUGAAGCCGUGGAGCCCACUGGAAUUCAAACAGCUGUUCGGAUGCUGGAACACGCACUGAAGAAUCUUAAUGUUUACAGAGACUCAAAACCAAAACUUGAUAGCAUCCAGAUGCCAUAUAAAGAAAGACAGAAAAGGAUUAAGGAACUUCCACCUCUGAAACCAGUAAAGCAGCCGACUGAAAGGGUUGACGAAAUGAUCAAGGAAAUCAAAGGGAGUACAACGAUAAGAGAAGUCGCCUUAAGCAGUGCCAUACACGGUGCAGGCGUUAACAAGCAAGAAUAUAAGGAAGCUUUGUCGCUGCUGAGGGACAUGAAGACAAAGUACAAGAUGGUCCAUAAGAAAACAAUGGAACAAGCAGCCAGCAUUGAGUCUGAUGACAACACCAACCUAAAUGGAGCUCAACCUCCACCUGUGCAGAUGGUGUGA